UGCAAUUUGUUUCUUGGGGGAAGUAGAAGGUGCAUUUGGCUGGGGGGCAGAAAAGGGGCAUUUGGGGGAGAAGAGCAGGAGAUUCCAAUCUGAGGAGUUAGCAAAAGGCAGGGAAACACAUGUUGGAAUUGGGAAUGGGGAAAGCAGUUUGUGCCAGAGUCAGACCACUAGUCUAUUCAGCCCAAGGGCUGCUGCGUCCUUUCAUGGGCAGAGGAACUCCAAAAUUUCCGAAGCUCCUAGUAGCUGGGAGCUUCCCAGUUUGAGAUGUUGCCUGGCAUUUUCUGCCUGCAAAGCGAACACAGGAAUCAGCCUCCUACGGUGUCGGACAACUCGGUCUGUCUCGCUCAGCAUUCCCUACACUGACCGGCAGCAGCACUUCAAGGCUGCAGACAGGAAGCCUUUACUAGCAGCACUUGGAGAUUCUAGGGGGUUAAACCUUCUGCAUGCCAAGCAACUGUCCUGCCCACACUUCUGCAAACCUUGCGGCUCCCUGGAGCCUUCCGAUAGCUCCCUCUUCCGUCUGGGUGGAACUGUUUUGGCCCCAUAACAAACAGCGCGAGGAGAAUCGAGAUUGUUGUCUGUAUCAGGAUGGGGAGCCUUUUCUGGGCAGCCUUUCGAGGGCCACACGUCAGCAGGAGACAGCGCUAGAGACAAAAGCAAACAGAGCAACAAGUGUAAAUGCUGCUGUCACACAGUAAAUGUAAAGUAAAGGGACCCCUGACCAUUAGGUCCAGUUGUGGCAGACUCUGGGGUUGCGGCGCUCAUCUCGCUUUACUGGCCGAGGGAGCCGGCAUUCAGCUUCCAGGUCAUGUGGCCAGCAUGACUAAGCUGCUUCUGGCGAACCAGAGCAGCGCACCUUCCCGCCGGAGCAGUACCUAUUUAUCUACUUGCACUUUGAUGUGCUUUUGAACUGCUAGGUUGGCAGGAGCAGGGACCGAGCAACGGGAGCUCACCCCGUCGCGGGGAUUCGAACCGCUGACCUUCUGAUCAGCAAGUCCCAGGCUCUGUGGUUUAACCCACAGCGCCACUCGCAUCCCCACAGUAAGCUAGUUUCUAUUCAGACUCUCCUCUCUGUCCUCAAUCUAGGCAAGCAAAGAGGUGCUGUCAGAGUUCAGGGGCACAUUCCAGCCAGGCGAAAAUGCCCAGGAAUGGGGCCAAAGCAAGACUGUUGAGGGUGUGGCCUGGGUAGAGGGGGUGUGGCCUUGGGAAGGUUCUGAGGGCCAGAUAAAGAGAGCCCCGGGGGCCAUAUUCAGCCUGAGGUCCAUGAUGCAACACACUCUGCGUUCUGCAUGUUUCAUUCCUCCAGGGUGAAGUGUUUUGGGGGAGAGAGCUGCUGCCCACCAGCGACAUCUCCUUGUGUGCCAACAGAACAGAGCAACAGGCAGGCCACUUCCCUGCUUCUCUAAGAAGCGAUGGAGGGCCCAGACUAAGCUGGGCCCACAGGGAACCAUCCUCUCUCCCGAGUCGCCAGCUCCGGAGGCCCAAAGUCAGAGAAGAGAUGGAUGCUGGAGAGCCAGCCAUUUCCAAGCCAGAGGCCAGAGCAGAGAAAGGCACAGGAGAUGCCCUCCCUAUCGUCCAAGUGAAGGCAGUUGGGCAGUUUCCAAAAUGGCCGUUGUUGAAACAUGUUAGAGGGGAGCAGGACAAGGGGCUGCUACAGCAGAGCUGGCAAGCCCAGUGGAAAGACUUCCUCAGAGUGGUUCAGCCCCACAACUCCAGCAUAGAGAGCCCACAGCCACCGUGGGGGGACACCAAAUUAUCUUUUACCCACACCGAGGGACCCACAACUGCCCGCACGCGGGCUGGGUGUGAUGAGCACAUACUUCGUGGGCUGGCUGAGGAUAUGUAUGGCUCGCCAGAUCCCAGAGACAGAGAGGAUUAUGGGGAAGUGGAGGGAGAUGGCCAACAUGCCCUCGGGGCAGACGGAGAACGCCAGCUGUUCCGGCGGUUCUCCUACAGGGAGGCAGAGGGGCCCAGGGAAGCAUACAGACAGCUCCGCAAACGUUGCUGUCGGUGGCUCAAGCCAGAGAAGCGGACAAAGGAGCAGAUCUUGGAGCUGUUGAUCCUGGAGCAGUUUCUGGCUGUCCUGCCCCAGGAAAUGCAGAAGUGGGUGGGUCGCCCUGAGACCUGCAGCCGGGCAGUGGCUCUUGCAGAGGAUUUUCUGCUGAGGCGAGGAGAGGCCAAGACACAGGAAGAGCAGGAGCUGGGCCUAAUCCAGGAGGUGGCAGUGAGCUUUGCAGAGGCCGAGCAAACUUUGUCUGAAACUGCUCCGAGGCGUCUCAUAGAGAGGCUGGAAAGGGGAAGGAGGCCAGUUCGCCAGGUGGUGAUGGCUGGAUGAGUGACAGCGAUGGGGAGCCACAGCGGAUGUCUUCCAAAAGAGCCCGUAGUCUAGAGCUGGAACAGAGUUUUUUAAGUGAUGGUGGAUCCAAGAGAGAAGAUGGAAGGGGAGACUGGAGGAGGGAAGCCACUGCAGGCCCAGAAGGCUCAGCCUGCGAAAUAGUCCCGCAACAACGGAUACACAAAGGAAAGGGAAGGAGUUUGUGCACUUUGUGUGAGAAAAGCUUCAGCGCUAAAUCGAGUUUUAAUAGGCGCCAGAGGAUCCACACAGGAGAGAAACCGUACAAGUGCUCGGACUGCCAAGAAAGCUUUCUCGCCAGAUCCAACCUCAUUAGGCAUCAGAGGAUCCACUCGAGAGAGAAGCCGUACAAGUGCUCGGACUGCGGGAAGAGGUUCAGUUGGAGCGCUAACCUCAUUACCCAUCGGAGGAGCCACACUGGAGAGAAGCCGUAUAAAUGCUCCGGCUGUGGGAAGACAUUUAAUCAGAGCGCGCACCUCAUGAGGCACCAGAGGACGCACCUGAGGGGAAAGCUGUACGAGUGCGCCAACUGUGGGAAGGGGUUUGCUCACGGGACAGCUCUUAACAAUCAUCAGAGAAGCCACACCGGAAAGAAGCCAUGCGAGUGUUUGGACUGCAGCAUGACAUUCCACAAUAAAUCAAGCCUUAAUAGACACCAGGGACUUCAUACGGGCAGAAAAUCGUACUGGUGCCCAGACUGUUGGAAAGGAUUCAGUCGCUGUUCGGUACUAGCCAGGCAUCGGAAAACGCAUUUGAGUGAGAAGCCAGGCCCCUGCUCACACUGUGGCAAAUCCUUCCUUAGCACAUCGGACCUUACUGCACACCAGAGAACCCACACAGGAGAGGAAGUUGUUUAAAUUCUCAAGGGUUGUGGGAGAGAGAUUCUUUCAGAAUCGUGCACCUUACUAGAAAUCAGGGAAUUCUCAUGGGACAGGGGACAUAAGGCUAGUUCACACAAUAGCCUGGGAAGGAGCAGGUACCCAGGGUUGACGCCAUGGCAUUAAUGGUUGCCAUUGUCCUUGCCAGUAUCUCCUGCGGCACCUGUACAAGGUCUCAAUAAAUAUACCCUCAAAAAUCCACAA